AUGCAGGCCGCACUCGCACCGUUCCAGGCGGCCCAUGCAACUGCGCUGGCGCAGCCUGUCGCGAACUUCUUCAGCCCCGUUCCGCCUGCGCAAGACCCCGGCCGCCUGUAUGACUUCUUUCGCGCAACGAACGAUGUCCAGGUCGAGGGCGACAUUCGCUACGUGCUCAAGCACAAUAAGACGACGCGCAUGACGCAGAAGGAGAGCGGGGCGUGGGGCGACAUCAUUGUGAGCUACUGGCGCGCCGUGAAGGAGAUCAUCAAGGCGGACGAAGCGUCAAACCAGGGCCGUCUGGGCGCGACACAAUACGUUGCUGUGUAUGAAGCGUGGAAAGACCUGACGAGCAGCUUCAUCAAGCACAUCUCUGGCGGAGCACUGCCGGCGUGGGCCAUCUUCACGCUGUACUUCACUGCGAACCAUCUGCGCAGAAUAGCAAUCAAGGCAGACGAGCAGCUAGCCAAGUCCAAGCCGGCUGCUGUCAGCAGCUUCUCAGACGACAUUGUGAGCACGGUGGGGCAGAACCAGAAGCUAGAGGAAGCUGCACGCGUGUUCAACAGGAUCUUUGCUCUGUGUUUGGGUGACAGAAACCCAGAGAUCUCGGAAUCCCGCAAGUGGGGCGUCUACUGUGUAGCCAACCUUCAAUUCAAGACCUACUUCAAGCUGAAAGCCAUCAGUCUUUCCAAGAACGUCGUCCGCUCUAUCGAAGCCCAGUCUGACCUGCCUCCCUUCGAACUAUACCCGAAAGCACAUCGAGUCACGUAUCGCUACUACACUGGAGUCCUUGCAUUCUUGCAGGAGGAUUACACCAAGGCGGAGAAGCACCUACAGGAAGCCUGGGAUGCAUGCUACGUUGGUGCAGACAAGAACAAAUCGCUCAUCCUCACAUACCUGAUUCCCUGUCGUCUGAUCACACAACACGUUGUGCCUAAAGCUCCUCUCCUCGCCGAAUCACCUCGCCUCGAACGCAUCUUCGGACCGCUUGUUGCCUGUAUUCGCAAAGGUGACCUCACAGGCUUUGACAGAGCCCUGGCAGACGGCGAGCCUGAGUUUGUCAAGCGACGCAUCUUCCUCACACUCGAACGCAGUCGCGACAUCGCGCUGCGGAACCUUUUGCGAAAGGUCUACCUAUCCGGAGGCUACGACGAUCUCAAGCCGGGACAAACAGACAAAGACAAGAUCAGGAAGUCACGGAUACCCCUCAUCAACUUUGCAGCGGCACUGAGCAUGGGCGGCCAGGCAGUGGAAGACGACGAGGUUGAGUGCUUACUGGCAAAUCAGAUCUUCAAGGGUCUGAUGAAAGGCUACAUUUCUCGCGAGCACCAGAUGGUAGUGCUCAACAAGAAGGGCGCCUUCCCGGGCACGGGUGUGUGA